AUGGAAUCAGAAUACAGAUUACUUCUUAGCAAUUAUUCGCUCACUUGCGAUCUUGAAGAAAAAUAUCUUGUGACUUUAUCUCAUCUUACCUUAGUGGAAAAAUAUGGCAUUCCUGUUAAAGAAACGAAAAAUGCAAUCGAAACUCAACUUGUUAUUCAAUCAAAUUUGAAAAAAAAAUAUAAAGAAAUGAUUACAUCUUACGAGAUCGAUAGCCGAGAAUUUUCUUUGAUUGUUCUAAUAACUUCAAAAAAGCAAAUUCUCAUCAGCAAAAGAAUUAAUUCUAAUAAAGAUUAUUUUGGAUAUUAUCAUGUGGAAUGUGCGAUACGUGAAAUGAAGGAAGAAACCAAAAUAACAAUUAAAGAAUUAUUUUAUUUUGGAAUAAAUGAAAGGUUUAGAGUUUUUCCGGAUGGAAAAGAAUGUCUAUGCCGUUGCGCUGUAUACUAUACCUAUAUUGAUGAUCAGAUUCCAAUUCGAACUGAACCUGAUAAGCAUGAUGAUUGGAUUUUUAAACAUCAAUUGAAAAAAACAUAA